CGGAAGUAACGUAUGCGGAAGGAGUGGGUAGCCCAGGCUUCCGCGUACACAGCUGCUGGCCUUCGGGCGUCGGGUGUGACCGUUAACGGCCGAGUGCGGCCGCCGCCGCCCCCGCGCCAUGUUGCGCGGCUUGGGCAGCUGGCUGGGGCUGGAGCGGGCAGGCGAGGAGAAGCUGCUGUCCGCCGAGGAGAGGAGCAGGUCCGCGGAGGAGGAAGAGGAGGAGGAGGCGGCAGCCUGCGAGGAGCCGGCCGUGCAGAGCGAGGAGCAAGUGGAUUCGGAGGCCCUCCUCAGCCAAGCCAAGGGACUCGGCAGUUACCUCUUCAAUUUUGCCACUGCUGCUACAAAAAAGAUAUCUGAAUCUGUUGCUGAAACAGCACAUACAAUAAAGAAGUCUGUGGAAGAAGGAAAGAUUGACAGUAUCAUUGACAAGACAAUUAUUGGAGAUUUUCAGAAGGAACAGAAAAAAUUUGUCCAAGAGCAGCAAACAAAAAAAUCAGAAGCAGCAGUUCCUCCCUGGGUAGACAGCAAUGACGAAGAGACAAUUCAGCAACAAAUACUGGCCUUAUCAGCAGAUAAACGAAAUUUUCUGAGGGAUCCUCCAGCAGGUGUGCAGUUUAAUUUUGACUUUGAUCAGAUGUACCCUGUUGCAAUGGUGAUGUUACAAGAAGAUGAACUUCUCAAUAGGAUGAGGUUUGAUCUCGUUCCCAAACACGUAAAGGAGGAGGUGUUCUGGAGAAAUUAUUUCUACAGGGUGUCCCUAAUUAAACAGUCCGCACAACUCACUGCACUUGCAGCUCAACAACAAGCAGUAGGAAAAGAAGAGAACAAAGACAGAGAAGAGGAUAGUGAACUGAAAGAAACAGUACGGCCCAAAACACCACCUGUUACAAUAAAGCCACAAAUAAAAUCUCAAGAGGAUGAGGAAGAGAUUUCCACGAGUCCAGGUGUAUCAGAAUUUGUGAGUGAUGCUUUUGAUGCCUGUAAUCUGAAUCAGGAAGACCUAAGAAAAGAAAUGGAACAACUGGUGCUAGACAAAAAAGGAGAAGAGACUUCAGUAGUAGAAGAAGAAACUGCUGAUUGGGAAAAGGAAUUACAACAAGAGCUUCAGGAGUAUGAGGUGGUGACAGAAUCAGAAAAGCGAGAUGAAAACUGGGAUAAAGAAAUAGAAGAAAUGCUGCAAGAAGACAAUUAAGCAUUUUCACAAAAUCACUAUAACCCUAAGCUUUUCCUGAGGACUGCCGUGUAUUUCUGCUUUCAUAUUAUGCUUACAAAAGAUCUUCAAAAGACAUUUAAGAAUCUAAAAUCAUUAUAAUUCCCUAUGGGGAUACAACCAGUAUUUCUGUUCUUUAUAUGAGCAGUUUCUGAACUUCUACAUUCUUCAAAAGAAAACUUUAAAAAAAAAAAGAUGAGACAGACACUGCAGACUACAUGUCUUAAUUAAAAGUGAUAACAUUACAUGAGGCAACAGUUUAGUCUGAGGGAUUUUUAGGUGAUCAAGAAGCUCUGCAAAUAGAUUUCUAAAUCUAAGAAUAUCAAUUUGUUGGCUUACAGACUUCUGUUUGGGAUGUAAAAAUGGAGUUGUACGUAACUUUGUCCUUGAAAAUAGCUCUCUCGUCACAUUUGCACUCUGAUCCCUGUAUAAUCUGUAAAUGUGUACUAUUUUAAGGUACUUGUAGCUAUUAGCUUUCAUGUGUAUUUAUCUUCCUUAAUGUGUGUAGCCAAAGAAUUUAUAGAAGACCAUAUCGGAUAACUUCUGACAAUUUAUUAAAAAAAUACUAAUUUAGACUCCAAAGGAAGUACUGAUUAAUUAUUGAUCAGAUAUGAUUAACUGGCAAUCAUUUAAGUAUUUAAAUAAGAACAGUCUUAUUAACUGCUUCAAUUAAACUGUUGGUUUGUUUUUUUUUUGUCAAAAUAUCAUUUUAAGGUCCUUCCUUUCCCUGUAGAGAAAAAUGGUUUAAUGCAUUUAAUGAAGAUCGUUAUGUUUCCAUUUGAUUUUGCUGUCUAAGUGAGAGGAAAUUAAAUGUUUCUUUUUACAUGCUGAAACAAUGUUAAAACUUUGGCUGAUUUGGACAUCUUUAUUAAAUACUGUAGAUAUGUAUGAAAUUGGCUCUUUAUUUGGAGGGAAGAGUGAGGUGCAAACAUAUCUCAGACUUACACAGAUUUCAAAAGUAUACUUUGUCACAGUGCUGAAGACAGAAUUUCAAGAAAAAAUAGUUUUCUUUAAAAAAUUUUUUGCUUCUUCUUCAGUAUCUGGAUGUUUUCAGUAGUUUUACCAUUUUGAGUAUGUAUAUAAAUGAAAAUUUGCUAUUCUAUUUGUUAUCUACUUCAUAAACUUCCAUGACAAAAUAUUCUUUAAAUUUCAAUUAUGUAGGAAAAGAGGUGAAAUUAAUUACAUAGGAAACAUUAAGCACAAUUGAAUUGUAGGCAUGUUACAAGCAGUAAGCUCUGUCUUAAUUAUAUAAUUCUGCAGAAAACUUCUGUAAAGAGACUGAAAACAUUAUAACUGUAAUUAUUCAGUCAAUAUUCAUCCCGUGGGAACUGGAAAGAGAUAAGUAGUUUUAACUGCUGCUAACUGUAAGAAAGGAUUAUUUUAAAUUGUCUCAAUUAGCAGCUUAGAAAGCCCUCCUGUAUUUCUCAUUUCAUGGAAAAUGAAUUGUUUGAAACUACAUUUCUCAAAUUAGUUUCUUUACUACUAUAUGCUUUCUCAACUACAAAUCAUCUCGAGCUUGGUUUGUAUUUUAUAGUGGUUCUCACUAUUAGUUAAUAGAUGCAAGAGAAGUUGAGGUCAAGGCCACAAAAGUUUAAAUCUGUUACAUUCAUAAAGAUCAGACUAUUUAAAGCUUAAUGUUUACUUUUGACAAAUAACAGAUGUUCACAGAUUUAAGCUGGAGACAUUAGGAUCUGUCUACUGUAGUUUGACUCAACACCUUUGAAAAAGAUGGGUACUUCUAUUCUGAUAAUAGCAAAUCUCCCCAAAAUGACUCAGAGCUAAAAAAUGCUGCUCCCCAUGUCCCCUUUCUUAAAAACCACUUGAUCAUUCAUAGUGUUUUUGAGAUUUAUGGCAUGCAUAUUUGCAUGGUGUUUCUACAUCAAGCUGCAGCUUUUCUGUCCAUGUAAGCAUAGCCUAUAUAAUGGGUAUAGGUGUGAAGCUCCACCUUUCAUAAGAGAUGAUUCCCUACAUAUAAAACUGUAGAUUUUUAAUCUUAUGAAAAGAAGAUAUGUCUUAAAAAACAAACAAAAAAAACCCUACAACACUAAUUACAUUUGCAUUUAAGAAGGCAAUAAUGUAGCAAGGCUUAAUCUGACUGAUCUCUGGUAAUUAAAUUCUACUCUUAAUAUUCUCAAAUCUGCAUAUCUAGUUUUAACCUGGAAAGCUAAGUAAGUUUUGUGUAAUCCUGCACAGUUUUCAGGACAGAUCUGUGCCUUUCAUUUCAUUGCUAAAAGUGCCAAUCGGGUUUUAUUGUCCAUGGAAAGAGGCAAAGUGUCUGCAUUACACUUGUCACAGGAGCAGGAGAUGAAUGCAGGUGACUUCAUGUUCAUGGUGGAUUUUAUUGGCCUUAGUAGUCCAAAUGUGUCUUAAUAAUGUAUUUGAUAAGCAAGUAUGCUGGAAUUUUCUUAUCAUUCCAAGCACUGGGAUGGUGCAGAUGGUAAAGUCCAGCAAAACAACAGUAUCAAGGACAAAAUGGAAAGAAACCAAUAAUGAGUGUACAUUCCCAACCUGUGGACACAAUGUAACAGAAAAUGCAGUUGUUCAAAACAUUAAUUAAAAGCAAAAAAAGAAAAAAAAUCUCAGUAACUUUCUUCUAAGAAAACUAAACUUGCAGAUCUUGAAAUUUACCUCUGAGGGAUGGGGAAAUAGUUCCUGGGAUCCAUUUAGGUUAUCUUAGAGCAGUGAUACCACCUUCUGUGAUACCAGCAUCUCCAGUUAUACUGUGUACCAAAGCAUCCUGUUUUCUAGCCCAGCUGCUAUUACUUAAUAUGCAUAGGGAAUUUAGGAAGAAGAGGGAAGAGCAUAAAAACCUGGAAUAAAGAAAAGUGUAGUUAAAAAUAUUCCUCUAUGUUUUUAUUAAAUUAUUUAAAGCUGUUCUCUGAUGAAAAAAAAAAAAAAAAAGUUAACCAAAGCUUUCAACUUCCUGAUUGUUUUCUGUAAACUUUAAAUUUCUGUAGUUUGUCACUUCAGUUGGUUCAUAAAACUAUUUUUGUCCUUGC